AUGGAGGCGAGUGAAGAAGAUUCCGCUCAGGGUCAGGCCCGCUCCAAAAUGCGUCCGCUUCUCGAGCGUCGACCAGGAAGCUGCCGGAUCCAAGGAUCUGAAGUAUCGCGGUUAGAUAUAGCUCUAUUGGCCGAAGUGAAAGAGUUCCGUCAUUUCGGAGGCAUGAUGUACAAUCACAAUACUAUCGACAGACCGGAUCUUCUUUUCGCAGUUGUGUAUCAGAAUACGGCUCAUGAAAUUGUGCGCUGUGGUUCGUGGGUUCAAGGACGACCAAAGCGCGUAUCUGACUUCUUCUGGCUACAUAUGAAAGUUAACGAAGCAAAGGAGUUGGUGCCAUGGAAGGACUUGACAAUGAAGGGCAUCAAAAGGGAAGAAAUGCUCCGUAUUCAAAGGCCGUUGCUUUGCUGA